CCGCAGUGAGACGACUGAACAACCCUUGCACACCGCCGUGCAGCUUUAUGUGGUUGUGACAACUUCUCCCCGGCCUUUCAGAAAGUUACUUACCAUCACCAUCAUCAUCAUGUCUGCUGGGAAUGCUCAGAUUGGCAAGCCAGCCCCAAACUUUAAAGCCACAGCUGUAGUAGAUGGACAGUUUAAGGACAUCCAGCUGUCUGACUACAAAGGGAAGUAUGUCAUCUUCUUCUUCUACCCUCUGGACUUCACAUUCGUGUGCCCCACUGAGAUUGUGGCGUUCAGCGACAGAGCGGAAGAGUUCCGAAAAAUCGGCUGUGAGGUGAUCGGCUGCUCCGUGGACUCUCACUUCAGUCACUUGGCUUGGAUCAACACGCCUCGCAAACAGGGAGGUCUGGGUAACAUGAAAAUCCCCCUGGUGGCAGACCUGACAAAGAGCAUCUCAAGAGACUACGGUGUGCUGAAGGAGGAUGACGGCAUUUCAUACAGGGGUCUGUUUGUGAUUGACGACAAAGGCAUUUUGAGGCAGAUCACCAUUAACGACUUGCCCGUGGGUCGUUCCGUGGAUGAAACCCUGCGUCUGGUCCAGGCCUUCCAGCACACAGACAAAUAUGGUGAAGUGUGCCCCGCAGGCUGGAAACCAGGUGGCGACACCAUCAUUCCUGACGUACAGAAGAGUAAAGACUUCUUCUCCAAACAGUAACAAUGUGAAGGUCUACUAAACUAAGCACUUGUUCCACACAUGGAGGGGUGUGUGUCUGUGGAGUAGUUAGAAAUGGCUUCCCAAUAUGUCCAAUGUCUAUUUCCAGUUCAAUAUUAUGUCUUCUUUGUACAUCCAUCAUUGUAUAACUGGUGGGACAUGUCUCAAGCACUGAAAAGUAUAUUUAGUCUUCUUUUUUCCAGAAAAGUGUUGCCAUUAAUUAAAUCAGCAGGAAGAUAA